AUGACUCAACUCCUAAAUAGCAUACUCCACAUAAUAGAGGUGUUCCAGAAACAUGCCCAAGAGGAUGGAGACUGUGCCUCACUGUGCAAGAAGGAGUUGAAGCAGCUCCUCUUGGUUGAGUUUGGAGACAUCCUCCGGAGGCCAAAUGACCCAGAGACUGUGGAAACCAUCAUGAACCUCUUAGACAGAGACAGAAACGGAUGUGUUGACUUUCAAGAAUACCUCCUGUUGGUGUUCCAGUUGGUCCAAGCCUGCCAUCAUAAGCUAGAUAAUAGAUCGUGUGCAGAUAGAACCUCCCAGAGAGAAAAGCGGCAAGAAGAAACACAAGACCAUAAAUUUCCAGGAAACACAGGCAGACAACACAGCCAGAGGCAUGAGGGAAAAAGGCAGGACUCCCACCACAGUCAUUCUGAAGGGCAAGAUAGGGACUCCCUCCACAGUCAGUCUGAGAGGCAAAGUAGGGACUUCCACCAUGGUCAGUCUGAGAAGCAAGAUAGGACCUCCCACCACAGUCAGUCUGAGAGGCAAGAUAGGACCUCCCACCACAGUCAGUCUGAGAGGCAAGAUGAGGAUUACAGCUUUGAUCAGUCAGAAAGAGAAGAUCAAGACUCCAGCUCUGGUAAAGGACUGAGUCAUCCUAAUAGGCAAGGAUAUAUCUUUGCCUUAAAUCAGUGUGAGAAACCUGAUUUAGUUCAGGAUUCUCGUUAUGGCCAGUAUGAAAGGUGUGGGCACCAAUCCAGCUAUGGCCAGUCUGGAAGACAUGGACAAGACUCUUGCUCUAGCCAUACUAAUCAACAGGAAUCAAGUUUUUAUUAUGGACAGUCUCAGAGGAUUGACCAGGAAUUAGGCUGUAGUCAGAGAGAUAGGCAAAGACUGGAUUCUCACUGUGGUCAGGCAAAAAGACAAGGCCAGACCUCUCACUAUGGACAGACAGACAGACAAGGUCAGACCUCUCACUACAGUCAGACAGACAGACAAGGUCAGACCUCUCACUAUGGUCACACAGACAGACAAGGCCAGACCUCUCUCUAUGGACAGAAAGACAGACAAGGUCAGACCUCUCACUAUGGACAGACAGACAGACAAGGCCAGACCUCUCACUAUGGUCAGACAGACAGACAAGGUCAGACCUCUCACUGUAGACAGACAGACAGACAAGGUCAGACCUCUCACUACGGUCAGACAGACAGACAAGGUCAGACCUCUCACUACGGUCAGACAGACAGACCAGGUCAGACCUCUCAUUACGGACAGACAGACAGACAAGGUCAGACCUCUCACUACGGACAGACAGACAGACAAGGCCAGACCUCUCACUGUGGUCAGAAAGACAGACAAGGUCAGACCUCUCACUACGGACAGACAGACAGACCAGGUCAGACCUCUCACUAUGGUCAGACAGACAGACAAGGCCAGACCUCUCACUACGGUCAGACAGACAGACAAGAUCAGACUUCUCACUAUGGUCAGACAGACAGACAAGGCCAGACCCCUCACUAUGGUCAGACAGACAGACAAGGCCAGACCCCUCACUAUGGUCAGACAGACAGACAAGGCCAGACCCCUCACUAUGGACAGACAGACAGACAAGGCCAGAUCUCCCAGUAUGGUCAGACAGAUAGACAAGGCCAGAGUUCCCCCUGUGGCCAGUCACAGAUGAGGGAAACUGAAAUGCAAAAGCAAAGUAGAUACUUCAAGGGGACCGAGGGGAAAAGAAGAGACUCUUAUGUUGAGCAAUCAGGAAGAUCAGGGAGACCAAGUCAGCAAACUCCAGGACAGGAAAUGUGCCAAAACCAGGGAAAGAGAUCCCAGUCUAGGGCUGUGCACCAGGACAGCCACCAGGUGUGGGAACCUGAGGAGGAUAGCCAACACCACCAGCAUAAACUCUUAGCACAAAUCUGGCAAGAAAAGCCACUCUGCCAUAAAGAAAGAGAUGAGCAAUCAUGCAGUAGUGAGCAGGGUCACAGACAGGCCCAAACCAGGCCUAGCCAUGGCCAGGGGCAAAGCCACUGGGAAGAGAAGGAGCAGAGUCAUCAAAGCUGGGGGGGUUACAGCCAUAGGGGUCUGGAAAGUCCAUGGGACAGGCAAACUCAGGAAGAUGAGCAGAAGUAUCAGAGGCAAGACAGGCAAACCCACAAAGACCAACAGCAACAAAGGCAAAACUAUGAGAUAGAGAGGUAUGGUGAGUCCCAGGAUCAACAAUCCCAAGGAACCCAAAGAGGCUGUCCUAACAGUGAAGAAUUCCACAAGAAUGAGGAUGACCAGAGCCAAGGCUUACAGGGAAGACACAGUGAGCCAGCCAGCCAUCCAACCCAGAGUGAUGGGAGGCCCCAAAGAAGAGAGCAGGGUGUAGAUCACCCCACCAAAGCAGCUAUGGCUCCCAACCCCCUCUAUGACUAUGUGCAGGAGCAGAAAUCACAUCUGUAUGAGGCUGUGUGA